CUCUCUGCCUGACUGCCUCUCUCGAGUCUCGACUAUUGACUCCGGUCUCCGACUGCCGUCGCCCGUCGGUCUGCGGCUGCCUGCCGGCGUCUCUCGUCGCUCUCUGCGGCUCUGCCUUUCGCUCUCGAUCUCUCCACCCUACAGAACAGACUACUGUCUACUGUUGUGACUUGUGAGUUUAGGUUUACCCAAAUGUUAAAACUGUAAUCAUUACAUAGCAAGAGCCAAAACCAUAAAAACUUGUUUCUUGUCGACAAUAGGUUCAUUAUGCAUUUCAUGUCUAGGUACAGGAAAAGAGGUAGAGGAAAGUAAUUUGUUGCAGAAAUUAUCAGAAGCUUGCAUUGUUGAUUUCCCUUAGAUUGACUUUUCAACUGCACAAGCUGAUUUGCAAUGACUACAGAGGAGUCAUCCAAGAAAAUUGCCCGUCCUGAAUUAGUGAAGUUGAAUCGAGCAUUUAAACUGGCUGAAAACUGGGUUAGUAACAUGACUAGAACCACAGAUAAUGAAUCAACUCGAGUGGUCUUAGAGGCUCGACCUCCUGGGCUUGGAAUAGGUGCAGUGGUUCCCCGGAAACCGACACUUGUAUUGUCAAAUGAUCCUGUUGAAAGAAAGUUACGUGCACAGUUAGAUGCCGGAAAGCGAAAACUUUCCAGAACUGCAGAGGAAUCUGAGGUUAGAGAUGAUGGGAGUAGCGAUGAAGAAGACGAAGCUGAAAGCAGAACUAAAGCAUUUGCUAAGAAGAAAACAAGUAAAAAACACAAGUAAAUGUUGAAAUUUCUUGAUCACUCUAAUUAAUAUAGAGUGAGGUACGUUUUCCGUCUCCGUGGUUUGUUGAAAAUUGCUACUUUCGUCCAUGUGUUUUUGAAAUUACGGUUUUCAUCCAUGUGGUUUACAAUUUAUUGCUUUUUUUGUCCAUGUGGUUUGCAAUUCAUUGUUUUUUUCCCAUUUCAUUGUUGUUUUCUCUCAUGUAACGGAAAACCACUGACGGGAGUUAGCGAAAGGAUGAAAACAACAACGAAUUGCAAA